UUGUUUUUUUCAGAACAUAUAAUUAUGAAAUACACAAAUAUUACAACCAUAACAGACUUUAAAAUCAUUGGAUUCCCAGGACUGCCACCAGAGUACACUGGACUAGUGUCCUUUUUUCUAUUCCUGGUUUUUCUUGUUAUAGUGUUUGGAAAUAUUUUUAUUUUAGUUGUCAUCAUAUGUGAAAGGACUCUCCACAAACCAACAUAUUUGAUCUUUUUUCACCUUGCAAUGACGGACAUUCUUUUUGGCACUGUAACUCUUCCAAAAAUCAUUGCCAGAUAUUGGUGGAAUGACAUAUUGUUUUCAUUUGGAGCAUGUUUUGCACAGAUGUAUUUUGUCCAUUCUUUGGGGGCUAUUCAUUCUUUGAUUUUGCUAAUGAUGGCAUUGGAUCGCUUUGUUGCCAUAUGGCUUCCAUUCAAAUAUCCCAUUUUAUUUACAAACAAAGCCGUUUCUAUUGCUUGUAGCCUGUGCUGGGUUUUAACAUGUAUACGAAUGAUGGGGAUAGUGCUACAUGCCUUAUUUCUACCUUACUGUGACCUUAACACUGUCAUGCAGUGUUACUGUGAUCAUGUUUCCGUCACUGCUCUGGCAUGUGGGGAUAAUGUUGCUUAUGUUAAAUGGGUUGCAGCUGCAAAUGCUAUGGUCACUCUUUUGGUUCCUUUAACUUGUAUUAUUUUUUCUUAUUUUUCCAUCAUCGUAGCUGUCUUGAAGAUGUCUCUCAAAGGAAAGCAUAACAAAGUGCUGUCCACCUGUGCCCCUCAGAUCUUUGUAACCUGCCUUUAUUAUGUGCCCAGAUGUUUUAUUUAUCUUACAAACAAUUUGGGAUUUAAAUUUAGUCUUAAUGCCAGUGUAAUCAUAAUGAUGAUUUACAGCCUCGCUCCUGCUACUGUCAAUCCAGUGAUAUAUUGUUUUAAGACCAUGGAAAUAAAAAAGGCAUUAAUACAGAGAUUUAUGAAUAAAAACCACACUAACAGGAGAGAGAUCCAUGCUUUGCACAGAGCUGUUCAAGACUUUUUCAUCGUCCACUGA